GCGGAGAUGAGGAGGUUGUAGCAGGGGAGGAAGACGAAGAUAUGGAUUACUACGACGAUCUUGAGGAGAUACUGAACUCUGACGUUCGAAGAACUGGCGAAGAGAUCGAUCCUUAUGCAGGCAUCUUCUUCUCCAAGGAUCGCAAGGAGGAAGUCAUAGAAGUGGAGGAGACACCUGAACAGGUCACCCUGCAUCCCUCACCCGACAAUCCACAAACCCUUGUUCUGAUGACUCAGGGGGAGUGGAUGAAAGGAUGUCCGGAAGGCGGCGAGCAAGGCUUGCUAUUUGGCCUUUGGAAUGAUCUGCAAGCACCAUCCGUCAAGUGCCCAAAUAAAUGUGACAACAACUUGUCACGAGAGAAGGGCAUGUUCACAGCUAUUUGGCCGGAUUUCGAACACUAUGUCUCUUAUUUGAGGUCGCAUGUUCAAGCAAAGUGCUCCUCCUGUUCCGCGGAAGUUUGUUUGGCAUGUGGCGAAUUGGCGACCUCAUCGCGCCUAGACAAACCGAAACGGAGAGAUGGCAACCCCCCCGAUCCCCUAUUCCAUUGUGCGGAGCUGCAAGGUAUGGUGCUUGGCAUGGGCCUGUCGAUGGUGGAGAAGAUGUUUGAAGAGCAAGUCCGCGAAGCACAGCAGGAACAACAGGAAGAUGAUAACGAGGAAAACAAGAGUAGGAAGAAGCGGCGGGUGACAGGUGGGGCAUCAGCGGUAUCGCAUAUCAUCGCUGGUGCCGAGUCAAGUACUGCAAGCACGGACGAGGAUGGCGAAGAGGAGUAUCUAUUUGGCGUAGCGCAGGCUGGUCGAGGGAAAGGAAAGCGAGCACCGUCGGGAACCGGAUACGGUGGCGGCAAGGAGGAUCAAAGCGGUAUUCUUGCUGCACUUGAAGCCCAGUGUGCAAGAGACACUAGAAUCGGCACUCUCCUGUCCCAAGUUCGCGUUUUUCUCCCAUCGCUGGCACGAAGUCCAGAUGCUGAGACAUCCGAUUAUCUUCCUCAUCCUACUGUCCUAGUGCAUGUCCGGCGUCGUUUCAAUGCCGUCAGUAGUGCUCUGUUGCGAAAUGACUCCCUCGCCGAUAUGAGUGAUCGACAAGUGCUGUACUUUGAGCUUCUUGAAUGGCUGGAGACCGUGUCGAACCACGAAGCACUUGCGUCCAUUAUGGGCAUGCCGAUCAUGAUGCCCCAGACUGUCACUUUCCUCCUAGCUCGUCCUGGCUCAACGCAGAUCCGCGAGAGGAAGCUUGUCUAUGAAGGCUCGGCUGGGCCACGAGAGUUACUGGAAGCCAUUGCCAUCCAGGCGCGGGCCGCAGUAAAAGGUUGGGAAAGCACAAAGAAGAAGGUACAGGUGAAGACGGAGAUGACCGAAGCCGAGAAACGCAAGACAGGCGGUGCCCCUGUGGAAGAGCGUCUCCGAAUAAACGUGAAGGGCAAGGAGAAGGAGAAAGCGGAAGAAGCUCGGCUGUUUACCUUUUGCAACCGAAUCCUCGCAACCGCCGAUGCUAUCGACAAGGCGUUGCGCGACACGAAAGGUGCUGCAUUCCUGCAACGGCUGCACGAUUCCCUACCAAAGGCCCCCUGGGAAGCAUCUUUGGACCAGGGCCAACUACGACUCUCCCCCAAUGCUACUGAUGCGGAGAUACGCACGAUGUACGAGGACUGGGCGAAUCGUGUCAACUUCCAGUAUUGCGACCUUACGAUCGAGAACGAGGAUACCGGCGAAACGCCGAACUUCAAGAGUGUGUUUAAUAAUGACGCGAGAGGACUGGCCGGUGCCGAUAUGCCGAGGCGGAGUCUUGCCAUUGCGAAGGAGCUGGCUGUCUUAUCAACCAACCUGCCUGUAAACUGGAAUUCUAGCAUCUUCUUACGGGUCGAUGAGAGUCGAGUCGAUGUCAUCAAGGCUCUGAUUACCGGACCAGAAGGAACACCUUACGAGAACGGAUGCUACGUGUUUGACAUCUUCCUCGGUAGCAACUACAACAUGGCUCCGCCUUCAGUGAAAUACCUGACAACCAAUGACGGAAAAUUCCGAUUCAAUCCUAACCUAUAUGCUGAUGGGAAAGUCUGCUUGUCCUUGCUGGGCACAUGGCAGGGACCGGGGUGGAAUCCCGGCAAGUCAACCUUACUCCAAGUCCUCAUCUCGAUCCAGUCCAUGAUACUAUGUGACGAGCCAUACCUGAACGAGCCAGGCUGGGAAGCGCAGCGCGGCACCGCAGCGUCAGGCCGAUAUUCUGCAAACGUCCGCCGCAUGGUCGUCCACACGGCCAUGAUGGGGAAUCUGAAGAACCCACCCGAGCCGUUCGGGGAUGUCAUCCGCACUCAUUUCCGGCUCAAAGCGCGCAGUCUGCGCACACAGCUCAACAAAUGGCUUGCUAUGGACGACGGUGUACCGGUCAGCGAGGCAGCGGUGUUGGCUCCCACGAAGAAGGAUGCUGCGAGCCCGACAUGGGCGGAAGGUAGCCAGAGUGCGAUGCGGGGAUAUGUGGAUGCGUUCAAGAUGAUGCUUGAUGAGCUGCAGAAGGAGGAAGUGGGAACUGAUUCGUGAUUCGUGAUUCGACUCUUAUAUUGGAACCUGGAUUACCCGAGACACUGUGUAUAUCACACCUGUAUUCCUUUCAACAACCUCCACUGAGGCAAUAAUGAAAUGCAAGCUACACACACUAACCAGAAGCAAUGACGGUGUUACGUUACCACAUUAGGGAAUUCCUCAGUUGCUCCCGUUCGCCGCCGUGAAUGCGUAACCGCCGAAAUUUCCCUUCCCACUUCUUGCCUCUGCUCAGUGCACCUUCACCUCCAACAACAAAAGCAGCAAACAUGGACCUCUCCUCCCUCUCCCCAGCCGAAUCAGCCCAGAUGCAGCGCAUAAUCGAGCGCAAGCAGAUGCAGGACUUUAUGCGACUGUACUCCGGCCUUGUGGAACGGUGUUUCACUGGCUGCGUGAAUGAUUUCACGAGCAGGGUGUUGACGAAUAAGGAGGCCGGAUGUUCGAGGCCCGAGCCCUCCUUGAUUCAGGAGCAACUGGACUGUUCAUUGAUGUCGGAUGCAGUGUGCAGUGUGCUAACCAAGAUCGAACAGGAAACAUGCGUCCAGAACUGCACCGACAAGUUUUUCAAGCACUCCGAGCGUGUGGGCGCUAGGUUCGCAGAGCAUAACGCCGAUAUGAUGCAGCAGGCACAGCAUGGUCGUUGAGCCUAGCCGUUUGCCUUUCCCCAAUUUCCACGAGUCCUGGGGCGUUGGAAGCUCGAGCUCUCGGUACUAUUACUGUACUCCACCAGCAGCGGGAAGGGAGCAGGUGGAUCGGGGUCGGGAGAGGAUCUUGAACUAUCACUAGCUGGUUGGCGGGCGCACGAGUCCCUUGUCACUUGUGUACGGGAGUACGAGGUCCGUGCGUGUGGAUAUACGAGUAUAAUGC